AUGAUCGAGGAUUUCAUACCGGACGAUGAAGAAUUUGCAUGCGAUUGUAUUGCAUCGAAACUUCAUGAGGCACUGCCUGGCACUCCUGGACAACGCGCAGGAUACAUUCCUUAUGAAGCAGUUUAUGAUACGCAAGAGCAGGCACGUCGUCGCGGCUAUUGGAUUCCCGGCCUUCCAGUUAAGGCGAAAAUCACGAAGGUGGAAAAGGAUACGAAAUUCGGCAUCCAUUUGAUCAAUGCUUAUUUAUAUACAAUCGAAUUGGAGCAUGGUCCAUUCAAAUGGAGUGUGGUGAAGCGGAAUAAAGACUUCGCAGUGCUGGCUGCAAGGCUUUUGACACACAGAGCCGCUGAACGAAUUCGUGCUCCAGUCAGAAGGUUGGACUUUAUCUGA